UACUCGUACAAUAUUUGACCAAAGCUUGGAACCAAACAGAAUAAAAGCUGCAGGCUCGAUUCACUAGCCAGCUUCCUCAGUUCCAACUUCCAACACAAAGGAUAAGCCAUGAUCGACCUGCUGGAGGGAGCUUCUUCCCCCACCAUUUCUUACUAUCUCUUCCUCCCUCUCUUCUUCCUCUCCCUAACCUACCUAGCACUCAGAUCCACAACUGCCGGCCGCCGCGGCGGCCGGAAACUCCCUCCCAGCCCACCGUGGGGGCUCCCAAUCGUCGGCCACGCCAGCCUCAUGAAGCCCCCAAUCCACCGCACCCUCCACGCGCUCGCCCAGCGCCACGGCCCCAUCUUCUCCCUCCGCCUCGGCACCCGCCCCGCCGUCGUCGUCUCCUCCGCCGCCUUAGCCGAGGAGUGCUUCACCAAAAACGACGUCGCAUUCGCCAACCGCCCCCGCUUCACCAUGGCACGCCACAUCCACUACAACUACACCACCAUGACCCACGCCCCCUACGGCGGCCACUGGCGCAACCUCCGCCGCAUCGGCUCCCUCGAGAUCUUCUCCGCCCACCGCCUCGCCGCCUCCCUCCCCAUCCGCCGCGAGGAGGUCCGCCGCCUCGUCGCCAAGCUCGCUCGCCGCACCGACGGUGGCCCGGCGGUGGUGGAGAUGAAGUCGGCGUUCCAGGAGCUGACGUUCGACACGAUGAUGAGGAUGGUGGCCGGGAAGAGGUUCUACAGCGACGACGAGGAGGCCAGGGGUUUUAGGGAGGUGAUCAAGGAGGUGGUGGCGCGUGGCGGUGCGAGCAACCGAGCGGAUUUCGGGGCGGUGCUGAGGUGGAUCGACGGCGGGAAGUUGGAGAGGACGGCGAGGGAGCUGGCUGGGAGGACGGAUUCCUUCUUGCAGAAGUUGAUUGAGGAGCGUAGGAGGAACACCAUGAUUGACCACUUGCUUGCGAUGCAGGAGUCGGAGCCCGAGUACUACAGUGACCAGAUUAUCAAAGGCCUUGUCAUGGUCAUGCUAUUGGCAGGAACCGAUACUUUAUCAGUGACUUUGGAAUGGGCACUUGCAAACCUUCUCAAUCACCCCAACAUAUUACUCAAAGCGAGAGAAGAAAUCGACAAGCAAAUUGGUCAAGAACGCUUGAUAGAUGAGCCAGAUAUUUCCAACCUUACUUACCUUCAGAACAUAAUCGUCGAGACCCUUCGAUUGUAUCCAGCUGGUCCACUUCUAGUUCCUCAUGCGUCGUCCGAGGAUUGUGUGGUCGGAGGGUAUCACGUGCCGCGCGACACUAUAUUAUUGGUUAAUGCAUGGGCUAUUCAUAGGGACCCUAAUCUUUGGGAUGAUCCCACGAGUUUCAUACCAGAAAGGUACGAGAAUGAAGGGAAGGAAAGUUAUAAGAUGAUACCUUUUGGGUUGGGUAGAAGGUCUUGUCCUGGUGUAGGCCUUGCCCAUCGGUUUAUGGGCUUGACACUAGGGAUAUUGAUUCAAUGCUUUGAAUGGGAAAGGGUGAGUGAGGAGGUUGACAUGACUGAAGGUAAAGGUGCAACAAUGCCUAGAGAGAAGCCAUUGGAGGCCAUCUGUACGAGUCGCCCAAUUGUGAAGAAUUUUUUUUCGUGAAGGUGAAUGAAGACAUCCAAGAUCAAGACUUAAACUAGGCUCUUACUUGUUUCGAAAUUGCUAAAUGCAUUGAUGAGCAAAUGGGUGUUGUAGCUAAGUUGAUAGUGUUAUCGAAUUAAAUAAGUGGUAUUGUAUUUUUAUUCAUCAAGUCUGGAGAAUAGACGUAUAUUACCUGAAAUGGUCUUUUAAUUUAAUCAAGAACGAUAUUUAGAUUUGGUUGAGUUAGUUUUGUUCUUUGAUUUUAGAGUCAAUAACUCAACCUUUGUGAGAUUUUGUACGGUGUUUGUGUUCCAACUACACUCUCCUCCUGGAAUGCACCGUCUGCCCCGAUCACCAUCAUUCACCCUUGAUAUGGUAACUUAGUUUUACCCUCCUUAUCUUUCCUCCAUUGGGGACAAUGUCGUGCUUAAGUGUGGGGGGAUGUUCGAUUAUGUAUGCGUGUGAAUGUUUAGAUGUAUGUGUGUGCUUGGAGCCUAGUCCACUGUCCAAAUUUUUAAAUUUGAGGGCUCCAAG